UUCGACUUCUCCAGAAAGAAGCAAGACAGCUUUGCAUUUUUCAAUUUUGAAAAACAAAAAAAAAACAUGUUAACGCUGUUGAAUAAUGAUUGCAUCUGAGUACGUCUACGGUCUCCACCGGCCCUCAAAUAAUGGCAAUGGUUUGGUUAAUCGUCUUCUUCCGCGUCCGCACAUGGAUUGGGGACAUGUAGCAAAAGGUGAAUAUGUACGUACAAGUGAGCAGGAAGUGGUCGGUGGUCACAUUCUUGCACUGCUCUUACAUUUGAUUUGCUGUUGGGACGACUUGACUUGGUGGUGGGCUCCUAUUAUUAUCUAUGGAACCAGAGCAGCACAAGAGUGGUUGAGAGAGAGGAACAUACUUUAACAAGGUAAUAAAGCAUGGGUGUAGUAUUGUUGUUGAUGGCAGUGGGGGUGCUGGCGAUGAGCGUGAGUGCUGGUAAAUGCAUUGAUGGGGAGAGGGAAGUGCUGCUGAAGUUUAAGCGCAGCAUUGUUGAUGAGGAAGACAGUCUGCGGUCUUGGGGUAGCCAUAACAAAGAUUGCUGCAGGGGUUGGACUGGAGUUAGGUGUGAUCACCACACUGGUUAUGUCAUCAAGAUUGAUCUUUCUAAUGUGAGGAAGCUGUCCAGGAAAGCUCCACAUACCAGACUUUCUUUUAUUGAGCUUCGCUAUUUGAAGUAUUUGAGUCUUGCCUACAGCAGCAACUUGCUGGCAAACCAGAGCAUCUCAACAUUGAUUGGGAAUAAUGUGGUUUCCCUUCAACAUCUCAGUCUUGUAUUCAUGGGAAUUGUUGGAAACAUUUCCCAUGAUUUUGGAAGCAGCAUGCCCGCCCUCAAACACCUCGAUCUCAGCGGUAAUAAAUUACAAGGUCCCAUUCCUGAAAAUUUUGGGAACGGCAUGCCUGCCCUCACAUACCUUGAUCUCAGCUAUAAUGCGUUACAAGGUCCCAUUCCUGAAAAUUUUGGGAACAGCAUGCCUGCCCUCACAUACCUUGAUCUCAGCCGUAAUGGGUUACAAGGUCCCAUUCUUGAAAAUUUUGGCAACAACAUGCCUGCCCUCAUACACCUUAAUCUCGCAGGUAAUAGGUUAAAAGGUUCCCUUCCUGAAUAUUUUGGAAACAACAUGCCUGCUCUUACACACAUUGAUCUCAGCUAUAAUGGGUUACAAUGCUCCAUUCAUGAAAAUGGUUUUGGGCAUAUGUCUUCCCUUGCAUAUCUUGACAUUGGUGGAAACUUUUUGGGAGGUAAAAUCCCAACGAGUUUCGGGGGAAACAUGACUAGCCUCACGUAUCUUAGCCUGAGCAAUACUAGUUUACAAGGCUCCAUUCCUGAAACAUUAGGAAAGAUGCGUAAGUUGACUAGCCUUGACCUGAGUGAUAAUAGUUUGGAAGGUCACAUUCCUGAUGCUCUAGCGAAUAUGUCCUUCCUUGAAGAGCUUAAUCUUUCGGAUAAUAUAUUUGAAGGAGAAAUCCCUAAAUUCAUUUGGCAGAUAUGCACUCUGUAUAUCCUGAACAUGAUAUCCAACCGUCUUAGUGGAAACAUAAUCAUAUCCACAUUAUGCCCAAAUCAUCCUAUGGAGUAUUUAUAUUUAGGUAGCAAUCGAAUUACGGGGUCAUUUCCUGAACUUUCCAUGUUUCCCUCUUUGCAAGGAUUAGUUCUUAGUGAUAACCACCUAGAUGGGGUCAUUUCUGAACAUCAUUUUGUUACUCUCUCCAAAUUAAAAGACCUUGACUUAUCUUCAAACAAUUUCACUUUCAAUGUCACCUCUACUUGGCUUCCUCCUUUCCAAUUGAGAACGAUAGAACUCGCGUCUUGUAACUUGGGCCCUGAAUUCCCAAAUUGGCUUAGAACUCAAGUCAACAAUGUACUGCUUGACAUUUCCAAUAAUGCCAUCUCAGAUUCAAUUCCCUCCUGGUUUUGGAAUACAACUACUAAUUUUAUGAGCAUUAAUGUUUCUCAUAACGCAAUCAAGGGAAGAAUUGUGAGUGAAGCUCAAGUAUCAUCGGGGUUUGAAAUCGGGGGUUGGGUAGACUUAAGUUUCAAUAAAUUAGAAGGUUCCAUUCCACUGUCAUUCUUUAAUGUGACAUUGAUGUACCUCUCUCAUAAUAACUUCACUGAACUCACCUCCCUAUGUGCCAUUAAGGAUCCUAAGGUGGCUGCUGGUUUGCAUUUUUUGGAUAUCUCAUUCAAUCAACUUUCAGGAACACUUCCAGAUUGUUGGUCAAGUCUCUCUAGUCUGGUAGUUCUCAACUUGGCAAACAAUCACAAUCUAUCAGGGAGUCUUCCAACUUCUAUUGGAUCAUUGACAUCCCUAAAGGCAUUGCAUCUUGACCGUAACAGUUUUACAGGCGCUCUACCUUCAUUCAUCAAGAACUGCUCCAAAUUGGUAUCUCUACAUCUGGGACACAAUAACUUAUUCGGACCACUACCAGAUUGGGUGGGUGAAAAUCUACCACAGCUUGCGAUUCUUGUGCUAAGAUCCAACCACUUCAGUGCAAGUGUACCCACAAGUCUCUGUCAUCUCCAAUCUCUUCAACUGUUAGACCUGUCCAUGAACCACCUCACAGGGAGUCUUCCUAAAUGUCUUUCAAAUAUUACUCAAAUGACUAUAAUAAGAGGCGGCAGUGCUACCAUUUCUUAUGAAAUACCACUCUUUCUCAUUGGUCCAGCUUUUUUAAUGGAUGUACCCAUCAAGGAAGUUGACAAAGUAGAUACUGUAUGGAAAGGCAUGUUAUCUGAAUUUGACAUAACAUUAGGACACGUAAAAAGCAUUGAUCUAUCAUCCAACAUGUUAACCGGUGAAAUCCCAAAUGAAAUCACAUCGCUUGUUGGGCUGAUUUCUUUGAACAUAUCAUGAAACAACCUAAGGGGACAGAUUCCUUUAAGGAUUGGUAACUUGGCAAACUUAGAUGUUCUUGAUUUGUCUAAUAAUCAUUUGUCAGGUAGCAUUCCUCACAGUCUUGCCCUGAUUGAUCGCAUUAGUGUUCUCAAUGUGUCCAACAAUUACUUAUCAGGCAAAAUUCCAAAAGGCACUCAACUUCAGAGCUUUAGUGCAAGUGCAUACAUGGGGAAUCCCGGGCUGUGUGGAGAUCCACUCCCCAACAGUUGUCAAGGAGAAGAAUUAACCCAUCCUUCUCGCCCUAGAUUCUGUGAAGAAGAAGAAGAAGAAGCUUGUAAUAAAGAAGACGCAGACAAGUUUCUUGGCAGUGAGUUUUAUGCAAGCAUGGGGGUCGGAUAUGCGGUUGGAUUUUUAAGUGUUGUUGGGACAAUGCUAUUCAACAGGUCUUGUAGGUUUGCUUUUUUCAAAGUCUUCAAUGAUUUUGCUAACUGGGUUUAUGUUGUGGCUGCAAUAUAUAAGGCAAAGCUUCUGACAAUACUUCGGGGUUAACAAGUCAGGUUUCCUUCAAUUUAGUUAUGGGUGAUGAGGAAGAGUUCGGAAUUUGUGAAAGAAAUUGCUCAGAGGGGUAUUACAGCAGUUCAUGAUCGAUGCAGCAGAUAUAUACUGUAUAUCCAAUAAAGUAUAUUUAGUUUUCUAAUUUUCGAAAAGGUCUUUGUUAAGGGCUUUAUUACCAUAAGCCUUUCGGUCUGUGUAGGCUUUGUUUGCAACUACUUGUGCUUAAAUAAAAGCACUUUUGGGAAAAAAGUGAUUAGUAGUAAAAGUUGUUAGUGUUUGGUAAAAUAAGUGCCUUUUGUGUAAUAGAAAAAGUAAAAAGUAGAUUCUACACGGAAG